GCCCCUUUGUCGUGCACGCGCCCGGCCACGCUCGCCCCGUUUGGCUCGCGAGACGCAAGCGGACACACCGAAACGCUUCGCGCUCGUCUCCGCGUUCGGUUUUGCGGGUUGCGGAUGGACGAGAUGUCCCGAGAGCACGUCGCCGCGCACGGAGUCCUCAAGUCUCUGCUGGAGAACCCGGUCCGGCUCCCCAGCAGGCACAAUGACGCGCCGGUCAAGGAUCCCGACAAAGAGAAGAAGCUGGACGAGGACUGCGGCGCCCCCCGGUCGGCCUUCCUGGGGCCCACGCUGUGGGACAAGACGCUGCCCUACGACGGCGACAACUUUCAGCUGGAGUACAUGGACCUGGAGGAGUUCCUGUCCGAGAACGGCAUCCCGUCCAGCCCCGCCCGGCACGCCACGCCGCCGCCGCCGCCGAGCGUUCGAGCCGUGGCGCCGCCCUCUAUGAUGCACCUCAGCGCCCACGCUUGCACCUCCGUUCAGGCCGCGUCGCCCGGUUGUCUGCUCAGGAACCCCAACGGGCCAGGCCUCCCGAACUUCAGAAGCACUCCGAACCCGAUUGACCCGGACACCAUCCAGGUUCCGGUGGGCUACGAGCCGGACCCGGCCGACCUGGCGCUGUCCAGCGUUCCGGGCCAGGAAACCUUCGACCCGCGCAAACGCAAGUUCACGGCCGAGGAGCUGAAACCUCAGCCCAUGAUCAAGAAGGCUCGCAAGGUCUUCAUCCCCGAGGACCGGAAGCAGGACGACAGAUACUGGGCCCGGCGCAGGAAGAACAACGUGGCGGCCAAGCGCUCGCGUGACGCCCGGCGCCUGAAGGAAAACCAGAUCGCCAUCCGGGCCGGCUUCCUGGAGAAGGAGAACCUGGCGCUCAGGCAGGAAGUGGGCGAGCUGCGCAAGGAGCUCGGACGCGCCAAGAACAUCCUGGCCAAGUACGAGGCCCAACACGGACACCUGUGAGGGCAGACGCAUAACGCGCGCGCACGCAAUACACGCCUACAAACACACACACAAGCCCACUCUGCGGUCCUAUGGGCUCAACACGCUCACAGGUGAAGCAGCGAAUGGCGCGAAGGCCCUCUCGGAAUGGCUGUUUAUGAAUAACUCGCCCUUUUUGGGGGGCCUCAACGUGGCCAAAAACUCACCCACUUUGGCAAACGGGUAAAUGCUGGGGACCCUACAAUCACUCACUAGCGCCCCCUGGAGAAAUUGAAAACAUAGCCCCUGACACCGGUUUUACCCAUCAACACGAAACGUGGACACGUCUAUCAAAAAGGUCUCAAGGGCUCGUUCCCCAAAUGAAACGCAAAGUCAACCAUUUUGGUUUGAAGUAGCCAUUUUGCACUCAAUCCAUUUUUCACUUGGACCUUUUAAAAAAAAAAAAGGAAAGAAAAGAAAAAUUCGGCCCCCGCGACACCAGUUUGACCAAUCAACACGAAAUUGGGUGGACAUGUCUAUCGUGACACGACGCACGAAAAAGUCUCGAGGCCCCAAAUUGAACAGGAACUUGGCCAUUUUGGUUUAAAGAAGCCAUUUUGCAUUCAAGACGCGCCACCUGAGCGCCAGACAACAAAAUCUGGAUUCGUUUUGAGUGGGUGGACAUGUAAUGCGCAAAAAAGUCUCCAGGACCUAUGCUGAAAAUUGUCAUAAAGUCAGCCAUUUUGGCCAAAUUCUUUUGACUUCCUCUCGUUCCGCCUUACGUAAGUCGAGCCAUUAGGAGUUCCCAGCAUGCACCUGUGCACGCGGCACACGUACGUAACAUGCACGUCGCUGCCUUCUGACAUUCGCUUUUUUGUCUUUUACUAUCUUCUCAGCAGUAUUUUGUACCGCAAACUGGUAUAUAUCGAUGAGUGCCGAAAAUGCCCAAGCAAGGGAGAUUUCAAUUCCACAAAUCAAACGAUUCUGGAACAUUCCAGACUUUGUUUUUCCUAUUUUCAAAGCUGAGCAUCAGUGAAAAGGACAAAAUGAACCCAAAGAGAAAUUAUAUAUACACACACUGUAUAUAGUACACACACACACACACACAUAAUACAAUAAAAAGGAGUCAAAUAAACAUUUAUAUAUACAUUUAAUAUUUUAUUUAAAAAAAUGCUUAAUUACAAUAAACACAUGAGAAGGAAUUAUUUUAGUAUUAAAAUAAGAAUUUUCCAUUUAAAAAAAAAAAAAAUCAUGCAACGAACCCAUCCGCAGAUAUCUUCAACUAUUGAAUUACUUAAGGAACUAUUGUCAACAAAGCAAACGUUUUCUUUUUUACCUAAUUAUUUCGUUCGUUUUCUUGUCGACUGGAUGCCACUUGUGAUGUUUUUUUAAUGAUUGAUAUGACAAAACCACAAAAGUUUAUUUUGAAUGCAAUUAAUUAUUCGUGCGUUAGUGGCAAAUUUGUACAUUUUCUUUGUGCGUCGCUCAGUGCUGACAUGAAUGUGUACUGACAUGUAUGUGCGUGCGUGCGUGUCACACUUUGACUUUCGUACGACAGACCAAAAACGAAACCUUUUCAGUUGAAAUGUUGCGAUACUUUUUUUGUUGUACAGCUGUGGAUAAUUUGUGUGUAUUUUGGGAUUUGGUGACACAACUUGAAGCACUGCAGUAUUGCAAUCAAUCAAAUGAAAAACACAUUUGAUGACGUCACUGUUUAUUGCAGGGGGUACGUUCCAAACACACCUGCAAAAGGUGAACAUUUGCGAUAUAGAGCUAUUCAAAAAUAUAUUUCUUGACCCCCUCAAGCACUUUUGACACAUUUAAACGUAUUGUGGGGCUAGCGCCUGUUGUCACGAAACGGGAGACUGUCAUAUAGCAUCACUUUGACGUAAUGAAAAGAAGACCCGUCUCGCUGAAGUUUACUGUAGAAGUGACACAUAAAAAUGAAGAAUUCGACAUUGAAUAUAUUUAAAAACCAAAGUGUUCAACCAAACCGUAUUAUUUCAUCAAAGUUCACUAGCUUAAUGCUAACAUAGCAAAAACCAUAGACAGGCUAAUGGAAGUUAGCAUCAAUGUUACGAUAAUUUACACAUACAGAGCAUCAACACGUACAAUAAUACAGGCAUAUAUUCUACCUGUACUUCACUGUUAACGCCAUAAUAAAUUGAUUGUUUAUAAAUUGGCCACAUAGCGAAUGAUGACUUUUUGCUGUAUCGACCGUCCGUCCGUCCGUCAGGGCGAUACAUGACACGGGCAUUAAGCUAGCAAGUUUCUUUCUGCUGUUUGUAGUUGAAAAUACCUCAAAAGAAUCCAAAAGAAAUCAAAACAAGAGCACCUGUUGUCUUUAUACGCUGAAUGAUCUUGAUAUCAAUUUUAAACUCUUUAUUGGGCCUCUGAAUGUAAUCACUCGACAUCAAGCACUUGUUUUUUUUUUCUUUCCUUAUGGUGUAAUUUAUCUUUGUGUUCUACCUGAUGUUUCUAUGCUCAUUUCCUUUAUUUGCCCUGAAUUUUCCCAUGAAUAUGAAUUAAAAAAAUCAAAAAUA